AUGGCAACCCCCGGCCUCCUGUACGUGACGAUGCAGCCGCGUCCCUCCCUCCCGGCUGCCCAGUUCCACGACUGGUACAACUCGGAACACGGCCCUCUACGCCUGCGCCUCCCCUUUGUCACCAACGGCUUUCGCUACCGCGCCGUCGACGGCGUCGACCCCGAAUGGGUGGCCAUCUACGACAUCACCGACAUGGCCGAGCUCACCCGCGAGACGUACCUCGCCCUCCGCGGCGACGGAAUCAAGACCCCGCGCGAAAAGGCAACAAUGGCUCAGAUUGACGUCGGGAGGAAACUCUAUGAUCUGCUACAGGAUAAAAAGGCGGAGGACUUUGUCCCGCUAGAGGAUACUCCCGACGCCGAGGCCGCGGGCCACGUCCUCCUCUCAAAUACCUCGACCCUCCCCGCCGACGACCCCGCCAAGGAAGAGGACCUGCAGCGCUGGUACAGCGACGAACACAUCCCCAUGGUCGCGCGCGUCCCCGGGUGGCGCCGGAGCCGGCUCUACCGUACUGCGUCGAUCGAUCCCAAGGCGCCCCGCGAAUUCGUCGCCAUCCACGAAUUCACCCCGCAGAAUGGCCUCGGCGGAGCCGAACACAAGGCCGCCAUGGACACGCCCUGGCGCACGCGCGUCUCCGAGUACGUGACCUCGAACACUCGCCGCGUCUACAACUGGGCGUAUACAUUUGGCCCCGCGCCGAGGGAACUCCACUCGCUCACCUCGCCCGAUACAAUCGGCCCGUGGAACUCGAACGACAAGCGCACGCGCACGAUCCCGCACCCCUCCCGCCCCGCCGUCGAAUCGUUCAUCACGACUCCGGACGGCGUAGACCUCCCCUACCGCCUCGAGGGGAGCACGAACCCGCUCGCGCCCGUGAUCGUUCUGAGCAAUAGUAUCCUCGUCGACUAUACCAUCUGGGACUCCUUCGUGGACACUUUCCUUCAGGACCCGCGCAACGCGCAGUUCCGCAUCCUGCGGUAUAACACGCGCGGCCGGUCCGCCGCCGCAGGCAACACCCCCGUCACAGUCGAUGUCCUCGCGGGCGACAUCAUCGCCCUCCUCGACGCCCUGCGCAUCCCCACGGCUACACUCAUCGGCGUCUCGCUCGGCGGCGUGACGGUCCUGAAUACUUCGCUCCUGUACCCCGAUCGGGUAACGACAUUCGUAUCCUGCGACACGAACAGUUCAGCCCCUGAGACGAACCGCAAGGCAUGGAAUGACCGCGCGGCAAUUGCGGAAGCUGAAGGGACGACGCACCCUGAAACGGGAGAGCCGAUUAUCGGCGAGGAGUUGGCGGAGGUUACGACGCGGCGGUGGUUUGUGCCGGAGUCGUAUGACACGCAGUCCGACGUUCCUGCUAGAGUCAAGGAGGUCGUGCGGAAUAAUAGUCUCGUUGGGUUCAAGACGGCGAUGCAGGCGCUUUGCGCGUAUGAUGUGCGGGAGCGGAUGGCGAACGCCAAGGUUAGGGGGUUGUUUGUUGCUGGGGAGGGUGAUGGUGUACUCCCGAAGACGAUGAAGCAGAUGGCGGCGGAUCUUAAGGUGCAGGGGGCGCCGGAGGCGCAGUUGAAGAUUGUACCCAAGGCCGGGCAUUUGCCGAUGGUUGAGCAGCCCGAGGCGUUUGCGGGGGUGGUUAAUGAGUUCCUUCACUCCGCUUGCAUAUAG